CGGAUACUGUGCAUUUCCCAAUGACGAACAUCCACCUACCUCUUAGAAUUCUCAUAAAUCUUCAGAUCCGCUGAUUUGUUAUCAUCGCAUUAUUUUCUCCAACUUCAAUUAUCACUGUUGCUCAAACAAUGUCCCCAAGUCACUUCGAUCAGCCGGGGAAGUUUGAGUCCGUACCUCUCCCGACAGAGAGGCCCGAAGUCGGUGAGGCUACCCACUCACAACCUCGCCAGCAGAGCCCUCUGGAGCCAGACUUAUCGCAUCACCUAUAUUUUGAAGAUAAUGAUGGCUUCUUUCCUCCAAGUUGGCUGGGGCAGAAGCCCCCUGUCCAAGGCCGAAGUCGUCCGUCGACUGCAGAAACCGAAACGACAGCGCGAUCCCACUAGACACUGGAUUGGGUUCAUGAGGACUUACAACCUGCCUCUCUCUCUCUCUCUCUCUCUCUCUCUCUCUCCUCUGAACUCCACCGAAGCAGAUCUGGUUUGGACGUAACAAUGGCGCUCUUUGGAGAUUCUACUGCAUUUGUUUUUCCUGGCUGGCCAAUUUUCUGCUGGGUGCUUUACUGAGGCCAUCGAGUUGUCAAAUUUACCAUGUUUCCUCUCCUCUCCAGGCCUCGAUAGAGGAGAUGUUCUCUGCAAGUAGCACAGUUGGAAUGAACCUUGAAGACCGUACUACUCCGUACAGUAUGUACAGUACAUACAGCACAUCGUCGUCAUGUGAUCGCAGCAAAUGG